UUGCUGGCAGUUGCGGGGUGUCCGCCGGUCGAGUGAGUGGUUGGUGUCGGUUUGUUCGAUAACUCGCGAUAACCGUCGCGCCGUUCGCGACGCCGUGGAACGCGUGUCCCUAGCGACGGUGGCUUCGUUCCCGUCUGAUCUCUUGACGAAGGACCAGCGUGCGCGUGCAGCCCGUGAGCCCGAAGAUACAAACGCGCCGCGUCUUCAUUCCUCCUGACGACGGCGAAUGAGAGCGAGCGAGACCGAGUGCGGCCGACGAUCGUUUCGCAGUGCGGCGCGAGAAGGGGGGGAGGGUGCCUCUCCGCCCCGCGCGUGGGUGUGCGUGCCCGUGGGAUAGAUACGCCGUCGCGAAGUGACAGGAGAACGGAGGACGGGGAUAACCCAAAUAAAGGUGGUGCGUCCUUCUUCGUCGCUGCCUCCUUGAUCGAGUGCGAGGCCAGUGCGAGGGAGAGAGAGAGUGCGAGAGUGCAGUGAAAACGUGAUGCACAGCAAAUGACAGCGAGGAGGUGAGGAUCAAUGUGCCGUGAUGGCUGAGGAGGAGCUGCUGGUCACCCUGUGCCGCGGCGACUCCGGCUCCGGCGGUUCCUUCGGCUUCUCACUGCUCGGCGCCUCGGCGUCGGCGGGUCUGCCGGCGGCCCACGUCAUCUACGACAUCGUCGAGAACUCGCCGGCGGCCAGGAGCGGCAAGGUCGAAGCUGGUGACGUCAUACUCAGGGUGAACGAAGUUGAUGUUAACCGAUUUAGCACGAAAGAAGUAUUGAAAUGUUUACGGCUAUCCUCGGAUCCCGUUACCCUGAAGCUGCGAAGAGAUCCCGCAGUAAAGGCGCAUGUUCGCCGCCUUCUCUCUCCUGGUCAACCCAUGAACGACGAGGAUACGACAGCCUCGAAAGAUGUUUUGACGAACAAAUCUCAGAAAGCCGUCACUUCCGGUAAUGGAGACAACAAAGAGCUCAAGAAGACGCAAAGAAUGCCAGAAGCGUCUGCAGAUUCGCCGACCCCGGCAUCAGCAUCGGCUACGAGGAGCAAUGGCUCGUGCAGCGACGCCUCCGUCUCGUCGGAACUGGAGGUACUCUUACCAUCCGUAGACCACUUUAAGGAAGAGGAACGAACCCAAUGGGAGCCCCUCUGUGCCGAGAAAUUUCCUCGGCAAAAGAAUACACCUAGGUUCGAGGCGUACAUGAUGACCGGCGACCUAAUGUUAAACCUCUCGCGCACACAGCAGAGCAGUAAUUUGCUACCCAAGCAGCACCAGCAGCGGAAGGUCGACUCCCUUAGGUACAAUCCUAACCAUCAACAUGCCACCACUACCAGCACUAGCACCCAUCAUAAUCAUAAUCAUCAUCAUCAUCAUCAUCAUCACCACAAUUCGGUGCCCAGCAGUCCCAACGAAAUCCAAUUGGCCCAUCAACAUCAUCAUCAUCAUCGAGGAAGCGCCUACAAGGCUUCCAGUUCAGCCAGCACGUCGCCCGUGGGCGCCGCCAGACGCGAGGCGGUGCAGGGCACGCCGGGAGUCCAAGUCGAUCCCAGCAAGAAUACUGCCUCGAGUUUUGGUUUCGUGCGUACUUCGCGGUCGGAGGAUCAUCUACAAUUCCAGAAAGACCCUUCGAUGAGCGCCGUUGAUAUCGAUAUCGACGACGACGUCACUUCGAGCUUGAACACACUGUUGGACCCACGGCCGGAGGGCUUGAUGGCUAAUGAGCGGAUCGUCUGGACUUACAAUGCGCCCGUCAGUUCGCCAGCCGCUUCUUGCUGCCAAAACGGCGGCUCAUCCUCGUCCUCGUCCUCUUCAUCACCCUCUUCGACGAGCCCUCAGCGUUCUUUAUCUCCUGCCUCCCCGACCUCCGUCUCGUCCUCCGUUAUGUCCUCCAACUCUGGCUCCCGCAGGUUUCCGCCGGUUCAGACUGUUCCUGGGGUCGCCGGCACCCCGGCAAGUCAUCUUCCUGCUAACGGUGAUCUCAGUCAAUCGGAGGCCAUCAGCAACAUGUCCAGUCCAGACUACAAUGACGAAGAGACGAUGGACAUUCUCAGCGCACGGGACAUCAUGAUGGUGAGCGAUCCCAGCGACAGCGAUUCUACCAUCUUGGCGAGCGAACCGCCCCAGAGAAGAUUGAAAGCUAAUCCUCAGGACGCUGGUGAACAUAGAAUAGUGAUCCAGGUGAAGGGGCCUGACAAAGAAGUUCCAAGAAACACGAGUCCCAGGCAGGCAAGGAGAAGAGGAAACCCUGGAGAAUUAGUAUCAACCGCUGUACCCCAAAAUUUACAGAGGAAUCAACCUGGGGUCCAAGGAGUUCCUGGCAUCACUGUCGGAUCACUGGCGCCUGAAUGUGUGGGUUAUCAGGAAUUAAAGGAGAGCCAAGAUGAGAGGGAAGCUCUGAUGAGCGGAGUGUAUGAUGAACAGAAGGGACACGGGGGUGGCGCAUCGCCACCGCAGUCGGCGGAUGAGGAAAGCGAUAUUGAGAGCCUGCACAGUUUCCACUACAGUCCGAAAGCGGUGGAUCUGCCUUCCGCUGUUCGACUAGCCAAACGCCUCUAUUCCUUGGACGGCUUUAAGAAGUCUGACGUCUCCAGACAUCUUAGCAAAAACAACGACUUUAGCAGAGCAGUGGCGGAGGAGUACCUGCGCUACUUCAACUUUGAGCGCGACACACUGGACGUGGCUCUUAGAAAGUUUCUCGCUCAAUUUUCCUUAACGGGAGAGACCCAAGAACGGGAGAGAGUCUUGGUGCAUUUUUCCAAACGGUAUUUAGACUGCAAUCCUGGUAGCUUCAAUUCUCAAGAUGCGGUUCACACGUUAACUUGUGCGAUAAUGCUACUUAACACGGAUCUUCACGGCCAGAAUAUUGGCCGGAAGAUGUCCUGUUCUGAGUUUAUUGAGAAUCUGUCGGAGCUCAACGACGGCGAUAACUUUCCGCGCGAAGUGCUCAAACAGCUCUAUAAUGCCAUCAAGUCUUUCCCUCUCGAAUGGGCCCUGGACGAAGAAGGGGAUGAAGCGACGAACCAAGUGAUACAACAGGGCGAUGGUACGGCGAUGAUCGCCGGUACCGGGAAUCCGUUCCUUGAUGUGCCAAAUAUUACAGGUGCCACGGAGUUCAAGAAGGGCUAUGUUAUGCGCAAGUGUUGCUACGAUUCAAACGGAAAAAAGACUCCGUUUGGUAAGAGAGGCUGGAAAAUGUACUACUGCACAUUGCGCGAGCUUGUAUUAUAUCUGCACAAAGAUGAACAUGGCUUCCGUAAUGACAGUCUGCAUAACGCUAUACGUAUUCAUCACGCGUUAGCUACUAAAGCGACCGAUUAUACGAAAAAGCAGCAUGUUUUCCGAUUGCAAACAGCUGAUCAAGCAGAGUAUCUCUUUCAAACAAGUGAUUCGAAGGAGUUGCAGUCUUGGAUCGACACAAUCAACUUUGUAUGCGCCAGCUUUUCGUGUCAGCCGCUCGCAGGCGCCGUCGGUUCCCAGCGCAAAUUUCAGCGCCCGUUGCUGCCAUGUAGCCAUACCAAAUUAACUUCCAGAGAACAAUUGCGGGACCACGAGGACAGAGUCAACAGGCUAGAGGCGGAAUUAGAUGAACACAGACGGCAUCCUCCGGAAAGAGGUGCGAAAGCUCUCACUGUACAGAAUUAUAAGGAGAAGGACGCCUACUUACAUCACGAGUUGAAACGAUACAAGACAUAUGCCUACCUACUUCGUUCCCGGUUGGCGUUCAGUGAAGUGGAACCGUCAUCGUUAGUGGAGAGUAGCAUCGGCGAAGUAGAUGAGGGUGCGCCUACUGGACCCGGGGCAUUAGUGAACGCGGAAGGGGCUUUGGUGCCACCACCGGUCCCCGAACGGCCGGCCGCAGCCAAUAGGUACAGUUACCGGGCCGCCAUUUAUAGCGGAGGCGGCCGUCUAAAUCUAUUAAACGGUGGCCACCAGGACUAUAAUGCCGCCAGUGGCGAUAUUGGUUGACGUGAUGCUUUUGGCUUGUGCGGGCUAGUUUGACCCCGGUGCUGGUGCUGGUGAUGUUGAUAGUUGAUGGUUAAUGGUUAAUGAUUAAUGGUAGACACAAGUGACGCAAACUAACAGUAUAUCUGACACGUUGCACUCCAUUUUAGCGCUCGUGAUGGUGUGAUCUGUUUAUUAACAUUCCUUUGACGCUAGUGAACUUUUUUAAGGUUCGUAAGUUUUCUAAAAAAAUUGAUAUAUUGAGGAUAAAGCGGUAUUUUGUACAUCGUUGCUGACUUUUCUUUUUGAUUUGUUUAUGUAGAUUAAGAGCAAGCAUUAUUAUUUUAUUUUCCCGCAUUGAACAUUGCAAUUUGUUAUUUGAGAGUAGCAUGUAAAAACGAUAUGUGAUUGUGCGAAAUGACAUGUUAUACUGUUUCAUAUUGUUAGUUUGCGUAUGAAUAUUAAUUUAUGCAAAUUAAAAGAAAUAUAUAUAUUAUAAGAGUUGAGGGGAGCCCUGUUAAGACUGGGUAGAAAAACAUUUUCGCGUUUCAACUCGUUGUCGUAGAAAGUCGAAGAAAAUGUCAACCAUUUUAUGAUUAUACAAAAAGAGCGACCUACGAAUUUGUUAUUUAAUUAACAGUUUAACAUUAAUGUUGGACUGAUAGAUUCGAUUUAUAAAUUUGUAAAGUUCGUGACCGUACAGUAUAUAUUUAAGUAAUAAUUUAUUUGUUACUUAACAAUAUCUUAUUUUAUUUUUUUAUGACUUAUGAUUUUGUAAGUUUUUCAUGUUUUCCUCUAAUUUGCAAACAAAUUUAUGUUAUCGAGUAUGGGUAUAAUUAAGGAAGAGCAUGCCAAAUUUUUCUCUCUCUCUCAUUUAAACAUGAUUAUAUUUAAUAUAAUUAUAUUUUAUGAAUGUUAAUUAUAUAUGAAAUAUAUGUUUUGUAUUUGAACAUAUCACAAAAACCUUGUUUCUCUAAUUUUUGCAUAAUAAAUCUUUUUAUUCUUCCAUGUUUAA